AUGAAUUCGUUUACUGCAUUUCUAAAAUCACCUCAAUCUCAACAAAAUCUUGAGAGACUAAUCAACCACCAUAUUCCUACUUCAAAAGAUGGAGUAAACACAUUAGCUUCUGAAAUGGAAGAGAUAAUUCUACAUGCUGCAAGGAAAUCCUUAAAAAUUAAAAAGACAAAAUUUAGAAAUAAAAUUAACAAUGUUUGUAACAAGAAAUGGUUUGACAAAGAAUGUCGACUAACAAGACACUCAGUUAGAAAACUGGCAAAUCAAAAACACCGCAACCCGCUCAAUGUUGAAAUAAGAAACGAAUACCAUAUUGGCCUUAAGAUUUACCAAAACACGCCAAAUCGUAAGAAAGAAAUCUUUCAUGAAAAGAAAUUAGAAGAACUAGAAACAAUUUCUGAAAAUAAACCAAAAUCUUUCUG